AUGUAUGGUACAUUUAAUAAAACUAUGUCGAAUAAAUCGGGUACUCAGUCAACUUCGACAGAAUUUCGUGAUGGGUAUACAGAACAACAACAACAGCAAUAUAGAAAAUACCUCCAACAGCUCAAAAACGAAUUCAAUGAAAGGUGGUGCAAGAAACCAAACCCUAGUAUUAAUUUUACUGACUUAGAACGCGUACGAACCUUGGGUACUGGCGCCUUCGGUAGAGUAGUUCUGUUAAGACAUACUAAACAACAAAAAUUCUACGCCAUGAAAGUUUUAGAAAAAGAAAAAGUCAUAAAGAUGAAACAAGUCGAACAUACGCUGUAUGAAAAGCGAAUUCUCGAAGCGAUUCGAUUUCCGUUUACGGUUUCCAUGGAGCUCAGUUUUAAAGAUAAUAGCUAUAUUUAUUUUAUAAUGCCAUUUAUACCUGGAGGUGAAAUGUUUACCCACCUUCGGCGAAUGGGAAAAUUUGAGGAGCCAUUAGCGAAAUUUUAUGCUAGCCAAGUUGUUUUAGCAUUAGAAUAUCUUCAUUUCACAAACCUAGUAUAUCGAGAUUUAAAACCUGAAAACAUAUUAAUAGACAAGAAUGGCUAUUUAAAGAUAACCGACUUCGGAUUUUGUAAAGUAUUACAGGGAAGGACGUGGACUUUAUGUGGAACACCAGAAUAUUUAGCUCCGGAGCUGAUUUUGAGUAAGGGAUACGGGUUUUCUGUCGACUGGUGGUCGUUUGGAGUUCUACUUUUUGAAAUGAACGCUGGUUAUCCACCGUUUUACGCAAAUGAACCGAUGAAAACUUAUGAAAAAAUUGUUGCUGGAAAAUAUAGAUGUCCUUCGAGCUUUAAUCCUGAUUUACGAGAUAUUGUACGCAAUACUCUGCAAGUUGAUAUAACUAAACGGUUUGGAGUAAUGAGAAAUGGUGUUAUGGAUUUCAAAAACCAUAAAUGGUUUAAAGGAAUAGAAUGGGAAGCUAUUUUAAAUUGUCGGUACCCACCACCGUAUGUUCCAAAAUGCAGACAUCCUGGUGAUUCAACAAAUUUUGAACGCUACGAUGAAGAACCAAUGAAACCAGCAUCAUACUGCAGAUUUGAAUCUGAGUUUCUUGAUUUUUAG